AUGACGUUUACCACCAAAGUCGAGCACCUCGAACCUUAUGGUCGACUAUCACCAGCCAAGUUGGCUUCCGGAUUUGCGUCGAAGAAUAUCUUGAUAAGUGGCGGCGGGUAUGGCAUAGGGGCCUCCAUUGCACAUGCCUUCGCGGAAGCACAUGCAGCCGGCAUCGUCCUUGCAGGACGUACAGUGUCGAAAUUGAAGGCCACAACUGAGGAAAUCAAAAGUGCUUAUCCCAGGACCGUUGUAGAGUACCGCACGGUCGAUAUCACAUCGGAGGAAUCAGUCAAGGCCAUGUUCUCGUCAUUGGACUCGCCAGUCGAUGUGCUCAUCAACAACGCCGGAUACCUCGCCCAGCCUGAGAAUUUUGUCGAGGCAGAUUUGAAGGAGUGGUGGAAAGCAUUCGAGGUGAACGUCCUUGGCACUGCGUUCGUGCUACAGCAAUUCUUACAGGCACGAGCAAAGCAAAACGCAACGGAGCAGGCUGUCAUCGUGAAUAUCAACACUUCCGGCGCGUACAAUGUUCUGGUGCCGUCCCUCUCAGCAUACGCGGCCAGUAAGGCUGCAAUGUGGCGAAUGAUGGAGCUGAUAACCAUGGAUAUUCAAGCGGCCACAGAACUAUCCGGCGGGGCUAGGAUAAUCUCCAUUCAUCCCUGA